AUGAAUGACAUUGUGCUUGAUUACUCAGAUUCAAAACGUCGAUAUCUCAGUAUGCAAAAAAUGCAGCCCUUUAAACGCGUGAAUCGUGAUAAAAUUGAUUAUUGUCCCUAUGGAUUCAUAUCAUAUUCUCAAAUCAGAGCUAACUCUUUUCAAUUACUCAAAGUCUUGGAGUUGAGUCACGUGAUUUAUAAUUUCCCUGUACAGAUACUAAGCCUAAUUUGGUUGAGGUACCUAUUAUUGCAGUGCGAUGAGAAUUUAAACAUACCUCCAGAAAUUUGCAGGUUAUGGAAUCUGCAGACAUUCAUUGUUAAAGGGCUUCUGCAAUCUGCAGUUAUAACUUUUCCUGAGGAAAUUUGGGGACUAGUGCAAUUAAGGCAUCUCAAACCGCCCAGAUUUUAUUUGCCAGAUUGGCCAAGUGGAUCUGUUGACAAAGUGGAAUUUUCAAACUUACAAACUAUUUCUUACUUGUCUCCACGUUGUUGCACGGAGGAGGUUAUUUUGGGGAUUCAGAAUGUCAAAGAAUUAGGAUUCAGUGGAUAUGGGAUUGACUCUAACAGUAUUCGGGACUCUGGGCUUCUCAACAAUCUUCUCCAUCUGCAGCAACUUGAAACAUUGAGUUUUAUAUAUUUCUAUCCCCAUUUUUCACCAAGUGUAAAAGCUUUUCCAACAACGCUCAAGAAGCUGAAGUUAAAAAGUACUUUUCUAAGUUGGUCGUACUUGGACAUCAUAGCUGAGUUGCCUAACCUUGAGGUGCUGAAGCUGAU